AGGACAUGGUUUUCAUGCCUGACGAGGAGGAGCGUAAAGAGUACAUCCUCAACGACACGGGCGGCCAUUACGUGGGGGUUCCCAGAAGUAUCAAAUACAGACCCUGGAUCUUUGGUCAGUUUGAGAAAAAUGUCCUGGACUGCUGCAUCUCCCUGCUGAGUGAGAACUCCCUCAAGCCCACAGAUAGGAGGGACCCCGUGCUGGUGUGCAGGGCCAUGUGUGCUAUGAUGAGUGUUGAGAAAGGCAAAGGUGUGCUCCUUGGAAAUUGGUCUGGGGAUUACCGAGGUGGCACAGCCCCAUACCGGUGGACAGGCAGCGCCCCGAUCCUGCAGCAGUACUACAACACGAAGCAGGCUGUGUGCUUCGGCCAGUGCUGGGUAUUCGCUGGGGUCCUGACUACAGUGUUGAGAGCAUUGGGCAUCCCAGCACGCAGCGUGACAGCCUUCAAUUCCGCUCACGACACAGAAAAGAACCUCACAGUGGAUACAUAUGUGAAUGAGAAGGGCGAGAAACUCACCAAGAUGUCGUACGACUCUGUCUGGAAUUUCCAUGUGUGGACGGAUGCCUGGAUGAAGCGACCAGAUCUGCCCAAGGGUUACGACGGCUGGCAGGUUGUGGACGGCACGCCGCAGGAGCGCAGCCAGGGUGUCUUCUGCUGUGGGCCAUCGCCAGUGGCUGCCAUCCACAAAGGUGACAUCUUUAUAGUCUAUGACACCAGAUUCGUCUUCUCAGAAGUGAAUGGUGACAAGCUCAUCUGGUUGGUGAAGACGGUGAAUGGGCAGGAAGAGUUACACUUAAUAUCAAUGGAGACCGCAAGCAUCGGGAAAAACAUCAGCACCAAAGCAGUGGGACAAGAGAGGCGGAGAGAUAUCACCUACGAGUACAAGUACCCAGAAGGCUCCCCUGAGGAGAGGCAGGUCAUGGAUCAUGCCUUCCUCCUUCUCAAUUCUGAGAGGGAGCACAGACGACCAGUAAAAGAGAACUUUCUUCACAUGUCGGUGCAGUCAGAAGAUGCGCUGCUGGGAAACCCUGUUAAUUUCACUGUGAUUCUCAAAAGGAAGACAGCUGCCCUACAGAAUGUCAACAUCUCGGGCUCCUUUGAACUACAGUUGUACACUGGCAAGAGGGUGGCAAAACUGUGUACCCUCAAGAAGACCUCGCAGAUCCAAGGUCAAGUAUCGGAAGUGACUCUGACCUUGGACUCCAAGACCUACAUCAACAGCCUGGCUAUAUUCGAUGAUGAGCCAGUUAUCAGAGGUUUCUUCAUUGCGGAAAUUGUGGAGUCUAAGGAAAUCAUGGCCUCCGAAGUAUUCCUGUCUUUCCAGUACCCUGAGUUCUCUAUAGAGUUGCCUAACACAGGCAGAGUUGGCCAGCUACUUGUCUGUAAUUGUAUCUUCAAGAAUACCCUGGCCAUCCCUUUGACUGAUGUCAAGUUCUCUUUGGAAAGCCUGGGCAUCUCCUCACCACAGACCUCUGACCAUAGGAUGGUGCAGCCUGGUGAGACCAUCGAAUACCAAAUAAAAUGCACCCCGGUGAAAACUGGACCCAAAAAAUUUAUCGUCAAGUUUAGUUCCAAACAAGUGAAAGAGAUUAAUGCUCAAAAGAUUGUUCUCAUCACCAAGUAGCCUUGUCUGAUGCUGUGGAGCCUUAGUUGAGCAUUUCAGCAUUUCCUACUUGUGCUUAGCUUUCAGAUUAUGGAUGAUUAAAUUUGAUGACUUAUAUGAGGACAGAUUCGAGAGCGAGUAGGUCAAAGAUAAGGCCAACACAACCAUAAGCAGCCAGACCCACAAGGCCAGUUCCUGUGCUGUCACAGGGUCACCUCUUUUAUAGCUAGAAACACCCAGUCUAGGCCACAGAAUCCCAUCUCUUUCCUGAGUAAUGGCCUCAAAAAUCAGGGCCACCAUUGUCUCAAUUCAAAUCCAUAGACUUCAAAGACAUAGAUUCUCUCCCUGGAGCAGCAGGCCAUGGGCAGCCUAGCGCUGCCACCUGCUGGCGCCCCUUAAGAAGCCGCCAUAUCUUCAGGCCAUGGGUUUGCUAGCCCUGAAGGCACCUGCCAACUGGAGUACUUUCCCAGCACUGGGCUGGGCCUGCUGGAAGUGCAUUCUCCUCCUUUCUGUUGCCUCCAUUCUCCUCUAUGCCUGAAAUCCAGGGAAUCCCUCUCCUGGUGCUCCAAGCAGUUUGAAACCUAUGUGCAAGGACAUUCCUUAAAGGCCACAUGGUUUUGCAGACACC